CCCGGCGCCGGCUCGCUGAGGCGCUUCCCGACAGAGUGACGCGCCGACUCCCCUCCCCGCGGCCAGCCCGCCCGCCCGCCCGCCCGCCUCGCCGCCGCCUCCUUCGCUCCCUCAGCGCGGGCCAGCGGCCGGGGCGGAGGUUCGGGGGCGUCGCGGCGCCGAGAGGGCGGGCGGCCGGGCUUCGGCGCGCCCGGCGGCCCGGGUCCAGCGGCCGGUCGGUGCGCUGCGGGCGGGCGGGCGGCGGCGGCGGCGGGCGCCGGUCUAUAUGGCGGCGGCUCUGUCGGGCCUGGCUGUCCGGCUCUCGCGCUCGGCCGCCGCCCGCUCUUAUGGGGUCUUCUGCAAGGGGCUGACCCGCACGCUGCUCAUCUUCUUCGACCUGGCCUGGCGCUUGCGCAUCAACUUCCCCUACCUCUACAUCGUGGCUUCCAUGAUGCUCAACGUCCGUCUGCAGGUUCAUAUUGAGAUCCACUGAAGGCCUUCCGCGGACUGACAGGCGUGUCCUGGGGCUCAGGGUGUCAGAGACACAGCAUGAGGGACGGACGCAGGCCUUUCUGCACCCACGUCGCGGAGGAGCAGGGAGCGGGUGCCGCCUCGGACAGAGCCUUGUGCAGAGAACUGUGGAGUGAGAGAAGGCAGGAGGGGAGCCCUCGGCCCGCAGAUGGCGCUUCCCGGGUGAGGAGACCUGCGGUCGCUGCCCGGGGAGAUCCACGAAACGGGGAGUCGUCACUGGAAACAGAGCUUGACCUGCGUGGGGCCAGCCCCUUGCUUUGCGGUGGCCUCGAAGUACUUCCACGGUGGCAAGAACCAGUACAAAGAAGUUCAGCCUCAGCUGCCGCGCAGAGCGACGCUGCGGGUCUGUCCUCGGCUCCUGCAGGGGCGCGGUGUGCGGGGCCGGCCCGAGGCGCUGGGGAGGCUCCGGGGAUGGACUGGCCAUGGGCAGCGCCCAUGCCCACUGGCGGCCACAGAGGACGGAGCCACGGCGGAGAGCCCUGGGGGUCCAGACUGCUGGGCCGGCAGAGAGGGUCCACAAAGGGGGAUUCUGAGGAUGAUCGGCCCCGUGCUUUCCUAGAGAAGCUGGACUCUGCGUUGGCACCCUCUUGCCUGCGAGCCAUCCUGCUGCACGCACAUCCCCUAAUAUUCUUGAAUGAUGAGAUGAAAAGUGUUUUCCCUGACCAUUCAGAGCCAAGAGUAGAAUACAAGAAAAUGCUUUCAUGGGAAGAAAGCACCUCAGAUGAUCUGCAGAUAACAGUGGCGUCACUGGCUCCACAAGCUUUUGAAUGAGCAAAUCUGCUGUGCCAAGGUUAAGGUACAGGCAGAACAAUAAAAAUAGCGAGACUAAGCGCUCUCCUCGAAUGCUUUCUUUUGCGUUAACUCUGGGCACACACGGCGCGGCAGUGAACCUCUGCUUUGAUUCGUGUGACCAGACAGACUUAAAGUCAGUGGGACUUAAACCCACAGAAAGCUGGCUGAUACGGAAGGAAAUCUCCGUGCUUGAGAGACAUUAAGGAUUGGGAAGCCGUGCCAAGGAGGUUAUUGAUAUUACCUUAUACACCUAUCAGACUAGAAUCAAAGAUGUAACAGCAAGUUUUAAGUUUACCUUCAGCACCCAUCCAGCAGGGCUGCCGUCCCAGGCACUAUCUCUCCAGCCUGUUCUCUGACCAUCUGACGAGAGUAGAUACUUGUAAAAGUCAACCCUGCUGGGCUUGGUCUGAGCCAGGCCAAGUUGAUGGUAAGCUGUUGUUAUUUCUGUGUUUUGUAGAAUAAUUUGAGCAAAAAGCUGAUGUCUUUUCUCACAUCCCUUUCCUUACACUUGACAUGCAGGCCCUACGGUGAAAGUUGCAAUAUUAACAUUACCUUUAGAUAACCCUUCCUCAAACUAGGAACCCUGGCAGUGUUACCCACAAUAAAAAAUGAGCUCCACUGGAGCUCAGUCUAGAGAAAAAAAAAGCAAGUAUUUCCCCUUAUAGAAGGUCUCCAGUUUCUAGGAGUUGAGAGAUCUCCUACACUAAUUUUUUCUGAGAUAACUCCUUUUGCCGUGUGUUGAUGACUUCGAUAACAGGCACUGAAGAGCAGAAGUUUCUAAGGAGUCCCAGAGUAAGACGUCCCCAUUUUCGGAAUUAUUGACUGCAUAUAUCAGUUUAUAUUGUGUGCUAAAUUACUCUGCCGUGUGCUAUGUUAGUGUUCUGGGGAAAUGAAAAAUAAAACCUGUUCUUUAGCAUAAUAAAUGUCUUAUUUUACGUGUGUA